AUGACAUUUGUGUGCUGCAUCCUUUAUAUUAUUUUAUAUUAUAUUGAACAAUGUAAAAAAAAAUCUGUACAUUGAUAUAUAAUACUUAUCAAAGCUUGUUCUGUCUAAACCUGACACAGUUUAUCGAUAAUUGCACAUAUGUGCAUGUUACACCUGAAACCACAUGACAGCUUCAAGUUCUUGUAGUACAUUUGCAUCAUGUGGAGAAUAAACAGAUAAGCUUCUAAACAGACAGAUAAAUUCAUUCAAUAGAACUGCUCCCUAAUGCCUUUCUACAUAUUUUCUAUGUAUAAAAUCAAACUAGUUAUAUAUAGCUUGUUUGGGGAAAAACAAUGUCAGUAAGAGUUAUGAAUGAAUGAAGGGUUUCACAGAAGCAAAGGGAAGCCACUUCAAUCACCACCACUGUGUAGCCCCCACCAGGAUGAUGUGACAGCAGCCAUUCUGCACCAGUACGCAAACCAGACAGUAACUAAGGUGGUGAAGGGGCAGGAGAGAAUAUUUGAUAUAGGGAAGGAUUAAGAGACCAGAUUGCAUAGGGUCAUAGUGGGCAAUUUUUUAGCCAUGUGACCUCAGACAGUCAGGACCUCAGUUUUAUAUCUCAUCCAAAGGACACACCAUUUAUACAGCCCAGUGUCCCCAUCACUGCACUGGGAUCCACACAGACCACAGGUUGAGCUAAUUUGUUGGCCACACUAACACCUCUUCAGCAGCAACCUAACUUUCCUAGUUGGUCUCCUAUCCAAGUACUGGGCAGACUCUAACCAGCUUAACUUCAGGCAGAUUAUCUAGUCUAAACUGUGUGUGUGUCUCUAUAGUUAAUCUGAUGUUCGGUUUUACGCACACAUUCAAACUCCAGUGUUUGCUCAGUCUGCUCUUCUCAGUCUGGCCUCAGUCCAAAACCACACCUACUGCAGCCUGAGAAGCAGGAAGUUCCUCCCACUCUCACACACAGACGACUGUGAGAGAAAACGAAACUGAAUCCUAUCAGUACUCAUGGCAAAAUGGCUGAAGCCAGUUCCACACUGGAUGAGAACCAGUUCAGCUGUCCAAUAUGUCUGGAUCUACUGAAGAAUCCAGUGACUAUCAACUGUGGACACAGUUACUGUAUGAGCUGCAUUAAGAGCUGCUGGGAUCAGGAGGAUCAUGCUGGAGUUUACAGCUGCCCCCAGUGCAGACAGACCUUCACACCCAGACCUGUUCUGAGCAGAAGCACCAUGUUGGUUGAAGUGGUGGAGACACUGAAGAAGACUGGACUACAAGCAGCUACUCCUGCUGACCAUUAUGCUGGACCUGCAGAUGUGGAGUGUGACGUCUGUACUGGGAGAAAACACAAAGCUGUCAAGUCCUGCCUGGUGUGUCUGGCCUCUUACUGUGAAACUCACCUCCAGCCUCACUAUGAGUCUCCAGCUUUUAAGAAGCACAAGCUGACUGAUGCCACUGGACGUCUGCUGGACAAGGUCUGUUCCCACCAUGACAAACUCCUGGAGGUCUACUGCCGUACCGACCAGCAGUGUAUCUGUUAUCUCUGUACGAUGGAUGAACACAGAGGCCAUGAUACAGUCUCAGCUGCUGCAGGAAGGACAGAGAUACAGAAACAAAUGGGUGAAACACAGAGGGAAUUUCAGCAGAGAAUUCAGAUGAGAGAGAAGGAGCUGCAGGAGCUGAGAGAGGCUGUGGCCUCAAUCACAAGCUCAGCACAGUCAGCAGUGAAGGACAGCGAGAGGAUCUUCACUGAGAUGAUCCGCUCCAUUGAGAGAAGACGCUCUGAGGUGAUACAGCUGAUCAUAGAUCAGAAGAAGGCUGUAGUGAGUCAGACUGAAGGACACAUGGAGAGACUGAAGCAGGAGAUUGAUGAACUGAAGAGGAGACACUCUGAGCUGGAGCAACUUUCACACACAGAGGAUCACAUCCAUUUCCUCCAGAGGUGCCAGGGUCUUCCUGUCACCCCUGAAGCUGGAUUUGGACCCAGAAUCUCCGUCAAUCCACGCUGCUCUUUUGAGAAUAUGAGGAAGGUGGUUUCUGAGCUGAAGGAUCAACUGGACAAUGUUUGCAAAAAGAAAAUGGCAGAGAUCCAUCAUACAGUUACCAAAGACACCAUCCCACCGGUAUUAGUGCCCAGGACCAGAGCAGAAUUCUUACAAUGUGAGUCUGUUCACACACAUGCUUCUCUCUCCCUGUAUGAGGUGGAGUGUGUUUUAUUGUGUUUCGUUUUCUUCUGCUAGUGGAGCUUCUCUUUCUCUCUCCCGCUGCCUCCUGGUCUUUCACAUUCACAUGAGCUGUUUAUGUCAGUAACCUUUGAAUCCAAUUGCGAAGCAAGGCAAGUUCAUUCAGGGUGCUUUUCCACUGCACCAGGUACGGUACAUUUGGUACUUUCCCUUUUCCAUUGACUUUGGGUCGAGUAUCAGUACCAAUAGUUCCAGUACACAAAGUACUAUUGUUUUUUUGGUACCUCGUAACUUUGGGGUGGGAAUUGCAAACACAUUCAUUGUUGAUUUAAAAGAUCAUUUUAAAAAGCCUAAAAGCCCAAAUAACAAAUAAAUUGUUAACUGAAAAUAAGUGACAUUGUAGAGGCAGCGUACAGUAUGACUAAUCUCCUACUGAUUUAAUUUAUUGAAAAGCUGCAGCAAACAGUAACAUUUUAAGCCCUGAUUAUAAUGAGCUGACAGUGUUAGCAGACCUCAGAACUUCAGGAAGCUUGUUCCACAGACAGGGAGCAUAGAGACUAAAAGCUGCUUCAUCCUGCUUGGUCUUCAUUCUGGGACACUGAGUAAACCUUUCCCAGAUGCCCUCAGGGGUCUGGAUGCUUCACAACGUUCAAGGAAAUUAGUGCCAUUUAGUGCCUUGUAGAUAAGAAAUAAUAUUUUAAAAUCAAUCCUGUGAUGCACAGGAAGCCAGUGCAGUGAUUUAAGGACCUGUGUAAUAUGCUCUACUUCCUUGGUGUUAGUGAGGACUCUGGUGGCACCAUUCUGGAUGAGCUGCAGCUGUCUGACUGAUUUAUUACCAAGACGUGUGAAGACACCAUUACAAUAGUCUAGCCUUCUGAAAAUAAACACAUGAACAAGCUUUUCUGUAUCUGGUUUAGAGAGAAAUCCUUUAAUUCUUGCUCUAUUUUUAAGGUGGUGGGAGGCUGAUUUUUUAAUAGUCUUUAUGUGACUGUUGAUAUUUCGGUCCAGAACUACAUCAAGAUUUCUAGCUUGAUUAGUAUAUUUCAGUGUCAUGGUUUCAUGGUGAGCAAUAGCUUUCAGUCUUUCUGACUGAACCAAAACAGGGAUUUGGGUGCUGGGAACACAGGAGGAUGGGCCAGACCCAGGGAAAAGAACAUGGACGCGUCAAAGGAAAGAAAUUAACAAAACAUAACACCUCUUCCCUACCCUAUUAAGAUAUUAACUAAAACCAAAGAUAGAACAGAAAAACCCAGACUACACUAGGCUUACUCACCCGAACAUAAAUACAGAAGGUGGCACUCGCCCUCUAACCCAGUGUGUUUAUACAGAGAGAGGACCUACGUGUUAAUGUAUGUGCGCACACUUCUUACCUGUUCAGUUUCACAAGGGGGGGGGGGGAUUGCAGAAGACAGGAGUCACUAUUUGAAAGUGAUAAGGAUGUAACAAACUGGUUUAUUUCUUUGAGAUACAGUAUACUGGGAUUUCACAUAUUCGGCUAGUUUCAGCUUCCACUGGGCAGAUUUUAAGGAGACCUUGGGCUGGACCUGGGAACACUGUACUGAUGCGUCAUUUCCACCAACACGGAGCCAGUACUGGGCUGGUUUUCACUUGCUGCCUUUUGAGAACCUGCCUGCGUUUCCACCGGUUUCAAAAAUUAAUGUAGGUGAAAGUAAGAGCAAAGGUUCAUAUGUAUUCCGUUAUGUUAGACUUACAGGCGUUUCUCUACUUACGAACUUUCAGACAUACAAAUACAAAAAGAGGAUUAUAAGUUCACAUUCUGUUCAUUGGGCUUCCGUUUCCUGUCCACAAUAUUUUUUUUUCUGUGCCACCUACUCCUUCGAUACAGUAUGACUUCUGGCCCCUACUCGCGCAGCAGCGUAACAUGCGUACUCCCAGUAUCCUAGUUCUUUGUACUUGCGUAUACCCUUAAAAUUAUGCUGAAUAACGACUUACAGACAUUUCAAGUUACGAACGGCCGUUCGGAAUGUAUCUUGUUCAGAAGUA